AUGGGUAAAAACAACAAGCAGGGUUCCGAGUUGGGAAGGGUCUUUAUCCGAAGGCUGAAAGACAGAGGCAGCAAACAGAAGAGGAGGCCGGGCACCGACACGUAUGUUCAAGAAUGGGCAGAUCCGUCUCAAGAUAGUGAGACGUUGGAUUCUGUGUUAGAUCAGAGCGACUUGAACGUUAUAGCUCAGAGAGCGACGAUGGCUCAAACGCGUUUUACAGCUGAAAAACAGAAUAUGACGAUUGUUCAGACGAACUUGUCGAUUGUUCCGGAGGCGCCCGAUCCAGAGGUGGUAGCUGAGCAACGCAAGCAUUGGAAUGACCUCGUGAUUCCUCGUCGUCCCGUUUGGGUUUCCGGGACGGAUCCGGAGAAGUUUUUCAGAGCUGAGAGAGAGGCCUAUUUAUCGUGGCGCCGAAGACUUGCUGAGUUAGAGAGCAACGAGAAAUUGCUUUUGACGCCGUUCGAGAAGAAUUUGGAGGUUUGGAAGCAGUUGUGGUAUGUGAUUGAACGCUCAGACGUGGUGAUGCAGAUAUUGGACGCGAGGGAUCCGCUGCUGUUUCGUUCGGUCGACUUAGAAAGAUACGUUGAUGAGUUUUCAGAGCGUAAGGUAAACGUGUUGGUGUUGAACAAAGCAGACUUGUUGUCGAAGGAGCAACGGAGGGCGUGGACAAGGUAUUUUGACCAAGUCGGACUCCACGCGUUUUUUUUCUCGGCGUUGUUGGAGCAAGAGAAAUUGGAGGGUAGUCGAAGCGAACCAAGGGAAGAAGGGCUUCGCAGGUCUGAAGAGAGGGAGAAGGAUUCGAAUGAAGAGGAGCUUUCAAAUGUUGACGAAAGUCGCCUCGCGUUAGUCGAUGACGUUAAGAAGCCAUCUGAGGACAGUUGUGACACUCUCGAGGCCAACGACAGUCGAGUUCUUAAUCGAGAAGAACUGAUUGGCGAGGUCCUAAAACUGGCGCGCCGAGUGCUAGGCCAUCGAGAUUGCAUCACGAUCGGGAUGGUUGGGUAUCCCAAUGUCGGCAAAAGUACGACAGUGAAUGCGCUUUACGAGAAGAAGAAAGUGUGUAUUUCAGAGACACCGGGAAAGACUAAGCGUUUUCAAACGUUGCAACUGACCCCAAACGUCAUAUUGUGUGAUUGUCCGGGCUUGGUUUUUCCUACGUUUAUGUCGACCAGAGCAGAGAUGUUGUGUUCCGGACUGCUGCGAAUAGCCGAGAUGCGCGAAUGCCUCGCACCCAUCUCUGUGCUGACAAGGUGCAUACCUCGAAAGGAGUUGGAAUACGUCUAUAAGCUUCGCCUGCGCAGGGCUAGCGGGACGUCGCACCCGGACGCGUCCGCCGGAUCUUGUACCAGCUCGAUAGAUUGCGCCGAUCCGAAACAAUUUUUGGAUGUCUACUGCAACCAACGGAAGUUCUAUUUGACGUCUAAGAAGCCAGACCAGUUCAGAGCGGCGAAACAGAUACUGAAAGACUUGGUAAACGGAAGGCUUCUCUUCUGUCGCGCUCCACCGAAUCUAGACCAAUGCGUGUACAGUCGAUGGACCAAAUACCAAAACCCGGACUUACGACGUCCAACAAUACCAGGAGACCAGGAAUCGCCGGAUUCGGCACCGGCCGACGAAACGCUAGAAGGCGAAGCGUCUAGCGAGUCAGACAGUGACGAUAGCGUGGAGGAGGCGGAGCUGGACGACCAAGAAAUCGAGUGCCUGACUUCGAGUUCUAUUCGCUCAACCGCUCAGUCCAAGGCAGCGCAGACCAGAUACAAACACGUACGUGUUGACAAACGUCGAGAAAAGAGACGCUGCAAGAAACACUUGCUUCAGAAGUAUGAAGAAUUUGGCGUCUAUAACGGAUUCGUCCCAGGGUCAAAGUCGUCUCUACAACAUCUGCCCACGACCGUAAGACUGUAGGUGGGGCACGCGGACAUGCGCCAACUUUUCUCGUCAGAGCACUGCUGCGCGAAGUGUCAAAUUUGACAGGCUUUUGGCCGAGUUCUGUAAAUUUUUGACUCGGCCGCAGCCCUCUUGCCUUCGCGGUGCCGGCUUUGUCUGGUCGCUCAAGCUGCGACGCCGAGAAGGGGCGCUCCACGGAGCCAGAGGAGCGGGGUCGCGCCUGCACCUGCGCGGCGGCAACCGUAUGUUGCGUUCAUAGGCGUGGUAUACACACUGUAUUUGUGUAUGUAAAACUCUGAA